AUGCUCGCUCCUAUCCGCAACUCGAUGCUCCAGCGCGCUGGCGCUCGCUUGAUGCGACUUGGCAGUAUCCGCUCGCUCGCUACACACGCUUCUGCUGCGCCCAUCACCUAUACCGAGGCUCCCGCAUCCAAGCCUGCUACCUUGCACCUCAAGACUGGCGAGGCCUUCACUGGUCGCUCGUUCGGGGCUCCUCGCAGCGUGUUUGGUGAAACAGUGUUCACCACCUCGAUUACCUCGUACACCGAGUCGCUCACUGAUCCAUCGUACCAGGGGCAGAUCCUCACUUUUACUCAGCCUCUCAUGGGCAACUAUGGUGUGCCCGACAACGGAAGCGGACAGUCGCCUGUCGAGCACCCGGCUGAUGUCGACGUGGGUGCCUUCCUCGAGUCCAACAAGGUCCAAGCUGCCGGCGUGGUUGUUUCGAACCUUGCCGAGCGCUUUUCGCACUACCUUGCCAAAGAGUCGCUCGCCACCUGGUGUGCUCGUCACAACGUCCCCGGUAUCUUUGGCGUCGACACUCGUGCCAUCACGUCGCUCCUACGAGACCAGGGUUCUACGCUCGGCGCCAUCCUUGUUGGCGAUGGCCACGACAAAGCGCCCGCUGUGGGUGACUACGUUGAUCCUAUGGCCGAGAACCUGAUCGCCAAGGUGUCGACCAAGCAGCCGUAUGUGCUCCACCCUGUCGGCGGUGCCAAGGCUGCGCGAGCGCACGUUGCACUGAUGGACUUUGGCUGCAAGGCCAACAUCCUCCGAUCUCUGCUCCGCCGUGGUGCUUCGGUGACGGUGCUGCCAUGGAACUUUGACUUCAACAAGGUGCGCGAUGGAUUCGACGGUCUGUUCCUCUCCAACGGACCGGGGUCUCCGUACUCGAUCGAACCGGCUCUCGACAUGGCACGCAAGGCGAUCGCCGAAUGGGACCGACCGAUCUUUGGCAUCUGCAUGGGCAACCAAGUGAUCGGUAUCGCCGCUGGUGUCGAGGCGUACCGCAUGAAGUUUGGCAAUCGAGGUCACAACCAGCCCGUCGUAGCACUCAAGUCGGCAGGAAACUUUGUGAAGCGCGGUCGUGUCUACAUCACCUCGCAGAACCACGGGUACGCUCUCACCCCGGACGAGUCCAAGUGGCCGGAAGGAUGGCAGCCCUGGUUCGUCAAUGCGAACGAUUCGUCGGUCGAAGGCAUCAUCAGGACGCAGUUGAACGAACAACGCGCCAUGGUCUGGGGUGUGCAGUUCCACCCGGAACACGCCGGUGGGCCCGAGGACACCAACGGUAUCUUUGAAGACUUUGUCGAGGAGGUCGUCAGGAUCAAGCGUAGCCAGGGCAGGGAUGUCGGCGCCGGUCUGCCCGAGCAUAUGCACGUCAACCAGGGCGCUCCUGCUUUCCCCGCUCACGAGUUCGGCGUGGUUGGUCAGAGCCCUGCUCACCUUUAG